CUCCUUUCCCAAAAACCACACAAUCCAUUAAACAGCGUGAAACUUCCAGCUCACAUAUUCAGUGCUGUUCCAGCAGUUCGUAAAAAUGGCUGUUGUUCGGUUGACAUGUUUGUCAACUUUGCUUCUGCUAGCCACAGCAGCCUUGGUCGGUUCGAACCUGCCGGGUGUAAACGGAAAUACCCAUCUGGUGCACAGGCGUUUCGAGUACAAGUAUUCGUUCAAACCUCCCUAUCUGGCGCAGAAGGAUGGAACCGUCCCGUUCUGGGAAUACGGUGGCAACGCCAUCGCCAGCUCGGAGAACGUCCGAAUAGCGCCUUCGCUUCGCAGCCAGAAGGGUGCGAUUUGGACCAAGCACAAAACCAGCUUCGACUGGUGGGAGGUGGACAUAGUCUUCCGAGUUUCCGGUCGGGGACGAAUCGGUGCCGAUGGGCUGGCUUUCUGGUACACCGCCGAGAAGGGAGACUACAAUGGGGACGUGUUUGGUUCCUCGGACCAGUGGGUCGGUCUCGGCAUUUUCUUCGAUUCGUUCGACAACGACAAUAAGCACAACAAUCCGUACAUUUCCGCUGUGCUGAAUGACGGAACCAAGAAAUUCGAUCAUCAGAACGAUGGUUCCACGCAGCUACUGUCUGGAUGCCUGCGGGAUUUCCGUAACAAACCGUUCCCAACGCGCGCCAAAAUUGAGUACUACAAUAAUAUUCUCACCGUGCUGUUCCACAAUGGAAUGACCAAUAACGAUCAGGACUACGAGAUGUGCUUCCGAGCGGAAAAUGUGGUGCUGCCAAAGAACGGUCACUUCGGUAUCUCGGCUGCUACCGGUGGCCUGGCUGAUGAUCACGACGUGUUUCAUUUCCUCACCACUUCGCUACACAUACCUGGUCAGAUCAAGGAAGAAGUUCCCCACGAUCAGGACCAAGCAAAGCUAACUCAAGAAUAUCAGGACUAUCAGAAAAAGUUGGAAUUGCAGAAGGAGGAAUACAGAAAAGAACAUCCCGACGAGAACAAAGAGGAUUUGGACAAUUGGUUCGAAGAUUAUAAUGCGCGGGAAUUGCGACAAAUUUGGGAGGCUCAAACUGCUACUCACGAGCAGCUCAGAUCUCUCAGCACAAAGUUGGACGAAGUGAUUGGUCGUCAGGAGCGUACCCUCGGACUGCUGUCGGUACAGGGUGGUACUGGUGCACCUCCACCGCAUAUCCAACAACAACAACAGCAACAUGGAGGCCCUCCGCAAAUCGGCACUGGAGCAGGAAUUCAACGACACGAAAUAGAUGGACUUUUACAAAAUCAAAAUAUUAUGGUGCAAACCGUACGCGAGAUCCGUUCGAUCAUUGGUGAGGUUCAUGCCAGAACCGACUCGAUACUGAAAAACCAGGCCCAAGCCCCGACUGCACAAAUACAGGGUGGUGGCUAUGAUAUGCAGAGCCUGAUGCACGAAAUGCGUGACGGUAUGAAUCAGCUGAAGCAGGGUGUUGCGGGCGUUUCGCAGAGACUCCAGCAGCCGCAUGCACAGGCUGGCACGGCGUGCCCCACUCAGAACUGCCUCAGUAUGACGGCAUUUCUGGUAACGAUCGUUAUCCAUUUGGUAGUGAUACUAGGCUACAACAUGUACAGAGACAGUAAGGAUGCGCAAGCGAAAAAGUUCUACUAAAAAAUUGGAACGACAUAAACCAUCAAGAAGCCACUAGAGUUAAUACGAGAUAAGACGAGAGAGUGUGCGUGUGUGAUAAUAUAUGUGUCAAACCUCUGCGCUGAUACUAAAAAUACGCAAAAUACAGACUGUCUAUCCUUCUACUAAUCGAUGCAACAGCUACAACACAAGCAACAGCCGUACACAGCAGCAAUUUUUUCAGUAUGAUUACGAUUAUAAUUAUUAUUUACAACAUGUAACAUGUUACAAAAUGAAAGGUACUAUAUUGGAUUACGGAAUUUUCAGCAACAAACAAACUUGGUUGCAGAAGAAUAAAACAGCAGCAAAAUUUCCAGGAAACUUUUGAUUUGUAGCAAAUAGAAAAUAGAAUAGUUAGGUCAGAACCAUGUGGAACUACGUAGCAGCAACCGGCAGAUGAUGAAGUCGGCGCCGUAUACCUAGAGCAUUUAUUACUUAAUCGCACUCGAAACGAAAUCUAACCUAAUCCUUGUAUACUGCGUUACGCGUAUGGUGCGAACAGUAUAUCUCGUCAGUUCUCAUACAUCUUCCGUUGAACUAUUCGCUUUAUUUUUUGAGAUACCCAUAGGUUGAUGUUUUAAAUGAUUUUUAUCAGUAACACUUUGGUACUGAUUCGGUUGUCUCUCAUUAGUGGCCAGAUGUACUGCAGAUGUGCAGAAUUAUACGACAUUGCAACCUUGU